AUGGCCGUAAUGCGUCUGUUUCGAAGACACUGCGGCGUCCUAACGUUCUUCGGAACGUUCGCGUACUUGAUUGGUUGCCACGUCAUCAUGCGCACCCACGAGACCCGCACGGAGGGCGUGCUUGACUGCGCAGGCGCGCUCACCGUCCUCGCUACAAAGCUCACCGCUGUCGCGUAUAACUACCAGGACGGGCUCACGCUGCUGGAGGAGAAGGACGAAGGCGCGCAAGCCAAGGACGAGAAGGAGAGGAAGGAAUUGACCGAGGAGCAGAGACGGCGGGAGGAGCGGACGGAGCGCUCGCGAUUGGAGCGGCGAAAGGCGGCGCUGGUUACGAUGCCGUCGGUGGUGGCGGUGAUGGGGUACCUGUUCUGCCUCGGGCUGCACAUGACGGGCCCCUUCUUCGACUUCACCACCCACCAUCACUGGACCCAACGACAAGGGGUACGUUCCUUCACCGUUGCCACACUUCCCUUGUAUCCCCCUCUCCACUGA